UUACAAAGGACCAUAAAACCUCACGGGUGCUAUAUUAGUUGUCUUACUCUUACUGUCCUUUUAAUUCAUCGAACUCGACUCAAUAAUAUUCUGAGAACGAGGUCCAGAGUUCAGAAUCAGUUCUGAGCAACCCCACUAGCCAGCCAUGGGAGAGACGAAAGUUGCGAUGAUGAGGUUGAAGGUUGACCUUCAAUGUGAGAAGUGCUACAGGAAAGUGAAGAGAGUGCUGUGUAAAUUCCCUCAAAUACAAGACCAGGUGUAUGACGAGAAGCAGAACACGGUGACGAUCAAAGUGGUGUGCUGUAGUCCUGAGAAGAUUAAGCAAAAGAUUUGCUGCAAAGGUGGUGAUUCCAUCAAGAGUAUUGAAAUUCUACCUCCACCCAAGCCUAAAGAACCUGAAAAGCCUAAAGAGAAACCAGCGCCGCCAAAACAGAGACCAAUCGAACCAAUUCAGGCACCACCCAUAGGCAAGCCCCCGACUGAGCCACCGCCAGAGAGAGAGAGGCCAAUCAAUGCAGAACCCGGACCACGCAUACCCCCGACCACGACCGAGCCACCACCAGCACGAGCAAAAGCAGAGCCGCCAAAACAAGGCAAGCCUAUUGUUACUUUUGUUGACCCACCGGCACCGGGCUUCCCCCCACCGGCUUAUCAGAACACGGGUGCAACGUGUUGCAGGGAAUGCUACGAGGGGCGUGGAGGAGGGCCAUGUUACCAACUAGAUUACUAUGGAAGGCCAAGAUGUUAUUGCGGAUAUAACGGGAGGCCGGUGUAUGAUAGCUGGGGUAGCGACAGUUACAGAGUAAAUAGAUGUGAUUACUUCAGCGAAGAGAAUCCUAAUGCAGCUUGCAGAAUCAUGUAAAAAUAACGGUGGUGCACCGCAUGCAUCAGAAGCUAGUUGCUUUCAAUAUGUUAUGUUGUCUGGUGGCAUUUGGGUAUUUUCUGUUUUGUUUUUGUUAAAGAGAGUGUUAUCAAUUAUCUAAUUAAGUACUUGAUGAAUGAUUGCCUCCAUUAA